CCGCACGCAUCUUUAGCAGUGACAGUUAUUCUUACAAUAUGUAGGCCUAUGCAUGCUGAUGUAUUGUCUUUAAGUAGUUACAUAUUGAGUUGAAUUAUUUUUCACCAUACCUUCGACCCCAUGCAAACAAGAACUUAGGUCCUACGAGGAGUGUCCUUCUCAGCACGCCAGAUGCACAUACAUGAACUAGGGCGAAAAAGCAGAGGAAAUUUAACCUUUUUGCCAUUACACUUAGCUCAUCCCCCUAGCCCUCUUAACCACAAUUAGCUCCUUCUAUAAAUUCAGAAACCAACUGCAUCCCCAAAUUCAUCAUAACUCGAACUAGCUAACUUUAGUUAUUGAGAGACAAACAAAUUACAGAAGCUUAAUUAAUUAUUAGAGAAAGAGAGAUGGAAGGUGCUUAUAUCGGUUGCCAUAUUCUCACCGUUUUUCUUAUUAUAGCUGUCUUCACAUCUUCUUCAUUCACGGAGUCAGUUUCAGCGGCAAGGCCAGCAGCCGGAGAUACAAAUACGGAGUUUAUAAGAACAUCAUGCAAAUCAACUACAUAUCCAAACCUCUGUUUCAGUUCAUUAUCAGGCCGUGCAACUGCUAUUGGGGUUUCCCCUCAACUUCUAGCCCAUGAAUCCCUCACCGUUAGCCUCGAAACAGCCCAAUCAACAUCGGCUAUGAUGCUAAAGUUGGCACACGUCCAAGGCUUGACGCCGAGAGAGGUCGGUGCCAUGCAUGACUGUGUGGAGGAACUAAGUGACACAGUCGAUGAAUUGAGGAAGUCUUUGGGGGAAAUGAAGCAGCUAAGGGGAAAAGAUUUUGACCUUAAAAUGAGUGAUAUUCAAACUUGGGUCAGUGCAGCCUUGACAGAUGAGGACACCUGCACUGAGGGGUUUGCAGGAAAAGUGAUGAACGGGAAAGUUAAGACUGUUGUAAGGGGAAAGAUUUUGGAAGUUGCACAUUUGACAAGUAAUGCCUUGGCUUUGAUCAACAGCCUUGCCGCUCUUCGCGGCUAAAAUUACAUGUCAACUAUAUAUAUAUAGUGCUACUCUUCUUUUACAAUUAGCAAAGACAUCUGCUUAGAUGGUAAGGGAGCGAUAAAUCAAAAAGGUGUGCUAAAGUUAAAAAGUGCCAACAGCAAUGAUUAGGUUUGCACAGUCCUAAUGAGUAAAAGAGAGUACGGGGCUGUAAUAUUAAUUCUCCUUCUGUCCCUUGUUAAAAAAACAUAACUAAUAGAUGAAUUUUACUUUCAAUUCUUAAUUA